AUGAAGUCCUCUUGGUUAUUUUUAAUAUACGUGCUGUGGCUGAAUGGUCACCAGUGUGCACCAACCAGGCAGGAGGAAAUGAAUCUCCGGGAAAACUUGAAGACUUUAUCUGAAGUUGGGGAGAAAUACGUAGAUGAAGAGGUAAAGAAAGCUUUGAUUGGUAUUAAGCACAUGAAAAUUAUGAUGGAAAGAAAUGAAGAUAAGCAUGUAGAUCUGAUGAAAACCUUGAAAAAGAGCAGUGAAGAAAAACAGGAAGCCUUGCGACUUAUGGAUGAAGUGAAGGAAAGAUUAGAAGAAGAAGAAAGACAAUGCCAAGUAUCCUUGAAAAAUCUAUGGGAUGAAUGUGAAUCUUGCUUAGAAAGUACCUGCAUGCGAUUUUACACAACUUGCAGACGUGGUUUAUCAACAUUUAGAAGCAAGGUUGAAGACUUUUUGAGGAAAAUACCUCCACUUAUUUUCCCUUUUCAUGAAGAUCAAGGAAAAGACAUCCAGUUUAAUGAAAAGCUCGAGAAAGAGGAUACCCAGCUAGUAAAAAUGGAAGAUCUAUUUAGCCAGCUGUUAUCAGAUAUGGGCUCAAUGUUUGACAGAAGUUUCAUGUUUUUCAAGCAGAUGCAAAAAGAAUUUGACCAAUCCUUUCAAACGUAUUUCAUGUCUGAUCUGGAUUUGGGUGAAUCCCCCAGCAUGCCUGUUUUACCUGAGGCCACUACCAGAAAUGACGGCUUACAGAAAGACUGGGGUAUACCGGCCUUCCUGCAGACAGUCUUUGAUUUCAGCAAGACAGUGUUUGAAGGUGUCGGUGAGGUGAUUACUGAGGUAUUCGAGGAAUACAAAGAUAAUAGAAGAGAUUUGCCAGAACAAGCCAAAGGUUCUGACAGGGGUGGCAUGUUCUCAAAAAUUGUGUCAGGACGUCAAAGAACUCUGUGCAAAGAGCUUCGUGAGAAUUCCUCUGGAUGCACGCAGUUUCAUGAGAGAUGUCAGAAAUGUCAAGACAAUCUUUUGCACGAUUGCCCAAGUGUUCCUGAACUGCACAUAAAGUUUGAUGAAGCCUUUAAGCUGGUUAAUCUCUCUGGUGAGCAGUAUGAGCAGAUUCUCCAGAUGGUUCAGCGUCAUACAGAAGACACUUCCUACUUACUGAACAAAAUGAAAGAAAGAUUUGGGUGGGUGUCUGAGUUAUCCAAUAUGACCAUUGGACCGGAAAAUAUUUUCAACAUAGUCAAGGUGGUACCUGGGGAUGCCUCUGGCACAAACGAAACUGUGGUAGAAGUGAAUGUUUUGACUUCACCUACUUUCACCAUUAAAGUUCCUCCCCACUUAGACCCAAAGAGUGCUGAAUUCAUCGAAUACAUAGCUGGAAAAGCACUGCAACUAUAUAAGCAGAAUUUUUAA